AAAGCAGAAACGAAGAUCCUGUGGUGUGUACCCCAGGUUGGGAACCGCUGCUCUAGAAUAUGGCAUGAAAACCAGGAUUCCUGAAUGCCUUGGCAGGAGAUGAAGAAUGCUGUUGCCUAUUGUGGGUUUUAAUGAGCUGGCAGGCACCAAGAGCCCAACACUGAUGCUCCGGACCCUUGGCGUGUUCAGGAGUAUUCUGUGUGUGCAACGGCGAAGCAGGCACCUCCGAGCCAUGGCGGCACCAAGCAACAACGUUGGUUCCGGGUCCGGGGCGUCUUCCUCGGAUAGAACCGUGACAGCUGGAAUCAUUGUUAUUGGGGAUGAGAUCCUGAAGGGAUACAUCCAAGACACAAACUCCUUCUUCAUGUGCAAGAGGCUUCGCUCGCUAGGCGUCAAGGUGGACAAGAUCUCCGUGGUCCCCGACGAGGUGGAGGCCAUCGCCGCCGAGAUCUCGUCCUUUUCCAGCAGGUACACCUACGUUCUGACAUCGGGCGGGAUUGGCCCCACCCACGACGAUGUCACUUUUGAGGCCGUGGCUCAGGCCUUCGGGGAAAAGGUCUUCCCCCACCCGGAGAUGGUGGACCUAGUCAAGAAGUUCUUCACCAAGACGGACUCCGCGUGUCCCGAGAUGAAGCUGGCCCGCGUUCCCGAAUCCUCGCUCCUCAACUACGGCAUCGACAAGAAAACAGGCCACGCCUUCAAGUACCCCCUCAUCAGCGUCCGUAAUGUCUACAUAUUCCCGGGCAUCCCGUUGCUGAUGGAGCGGGCCUUUGAGGGUCUCAGCCAUCUCUUUCACAACAAGCAGACGCACUUCCAUUCCCGAGAGAUCUAUGUGGAUGCGGACGAGACCCGAAUCGCCCCCAUACUUAACCGGGCCAACAGCCUCUUCAAACGUGACACGAACUUGGGCUCCUACCCAGAUUGGGUCAGCAACUACUUCCGGGUCAAACUCACCUUGGACUCGGAGUCAGAGAGUCAUGUCGAAGAGGCCUUCACUUUCCUGAUGGAGAACCUGCCCCAGGGCACUGUGGUGCCUUUCGUAGCCAACCCCGUCCCCCGGGCAGCCACUGAUGUGUACAUGCUUGCUGAGUCAGGUUGUCCUCUAGGCCAGAAGGUGGCAGCAGCAGUACAGAUCAUCGAAGAAGCUCUGGAACAGUACCCCCUGUCGAAACUUUGCGUCGGGUUCAACGGCGGAAAGGACUGCACAGCACUGUUGCAUCUCUUCCACGCCGCUGUACAAAGGCGAUACCCAGAAAGAACGGAGAAGCUGCAGGCGUUGCAUAUAUGCACUGUCUCCCCGUUUCCUGAGAUGGAGCAGUUCAUCGGACUCACGGCUGAACGGUAUAACCUCCACAUCUGCGAGGUCCACGGGAACAUAAAGCAGGCCCUGGCUGACCUCAAGCUGCAGCAGCCGGAGCUGGACGCUGUGCUGAUGGGAACUCGGCGGACGGACCCGUAUUCCUGCACUUUGAUGCCCUUCCACGUUACCGACCCCGACUGGCCCCAGUACAUGCGGGUCAACCCUCUCCUGGAUUGGACGUACCGGGAUAUCUGGAAGUUCUUACGCAGCCUAAAUCUUCCAUACUGCAUCCUUUAUGAUAAAGGCUACACUUCACUUGGCAGUAUGAACAACACGCAGAAGAAUCCAGCCCUACGCUACGUGGAUGCCCGCGGGCGGGAAUGCUACCGGCCAGCCUACGAGCUAGAGAAUGAAGAAGACGAACGCACCUCCCGCCAUUGAAGCCUUUGGGGUUGCCUUAGUUGCCCAGGCAGCUCUGGGCUUGCUGGGAAGAGCUCACCAGGCCCAAAGCCUUCCUAGAGUAUGAUCAGGACCGGGCGCGGCCUGUUUGGCCUGAGGUGAAAUGCGUCAAUGCCCAUCCAUGUACACAUACUGGAAUGCCUUUCUGCAGCCUGUCCGGCUCCACCAGCAGCCUGUGGGGCUGCCCCACACGUUGACACUGAAUAGGAGAUUAUGCACACUGUACCCCUGUAAUAAAUGAGACCAGGACCCAA